ACAAUGAUGCAUUUGGAAACGCAAGUUGGUGCUGGAGGAGACAGCGAGGUCAGUACUCGAGGCCAAGGCUUUUCCUUUUCCCCUUCUCUCUUGCUCUUCUCUUUGCUUUUUUAAAGCAAAUACCUUAGAUUCUUCUUCUCUUACUCUUCUGCUCACCUGUUACCAUCCUCCCUCUCUCUCUCUCUCUCUUCUGUGCAAUGGCAAGUUGGGGAGAAUAUAAAAGGAUGUACCAGUUUUUAUAAUGUGCUUUCUUCUACCCACAUUGUUUCAUAAUUUAAGUAUAAAUUGAAUCAAUGACGAAGAUAAGCCCAGAGUUUGCAGAUCAGAUGCAAAUGGAGGCAGUUCUGCCAGUUUCGGCAGAUGUGAGCUUUGCUUCUGAUCAGUUUCCAAAAUAUAAAAUAGGACCUAACAAUCAGAUUUUGGAGGAGGUAAAAGAGGACGCCAAAGGUCCAUCUCUGAAGGAGGUUGUUGCCCAGGAAACUACCCAACUGUCUGAGCAGCAAAAGCGUCUUUCUGUUCGUGACCUUGCCAGUAAAUUUGACAAAAACUUAGCUGCUGCUGCUAAGUUGUCUGACGAGGCAAGACUUAGAGAGGCUGCAUCUUUGGAAGGGCACGUUCUUUUAAAGAAGCUUAGAGAUGCACUGGAAUCAAUUAAAGGUCACUUGGCAGGUCGAAAUAAGGAGGAUGUGGAGAAAGCUAUCUCUAUGGUAGAAGCUUUAGCAGUCAAGUUAACCCAAAGAGAAGGAGAGUUAAUUCAAGAGAAGUUUGAGGUCAAAAAGCUAGCGAACUUUCUCAAGCAGCAGGCUUCAGAAGAUGCCAAAAAAUUGGUUAGCCAAGAAAGAUCUUUUGCUUGUGCUGAAAUUCAGAGUGCUAGAGCAGUGGUGCAGAGGUUUGGAGAGGCCCUAGCUGAACAGGAGAAGAAUUCUCAUACUUCUGGAAAGCAGGACUUGGAGGAAAUGAUGGGAGAGGUUCAAGAGGCUAGAAGAAUUAAAAUGUUGCAUCAGCCAUGCAAGGUGAUGGACAUGGAACACGAGCUUCGUGCACUCAGAUUGCAAAUUCGAGAGAAGUCCAUAUUUUCGGUUAAGCUUCAGAAAGAGAUUGCAAUAAGCAAGAGAGCUGUGGAGUGUAGAUCCCAUCUAUAUAAGUUAGAUGGUUCUGAAACUUUAGGUUCAUGUCUACGACUUCAACCUUGCUUGGAUAUGGCUCCUGAGCUUUCACGUUGUUCUUUUCAAUGGUAUCGUGUAUCAUCUGAUGAUAGCAAAAGGGAGUGCAUUUCAGGUGCCAAUAAAUCAGUGUAUGCUCCAGAGCCCUUGGAUGUUGGACGUAUCUUGCAAGUUGAAAUUGCUUCAAAUGGCCAAAAGAUCACCUUGAUGACUGCCGGUCCAAUUGAUCCUGCUGUAGGGUUGGGAAGUUUUGUGGAGACGCUUUUGCGGAAACCCAAUACUGAAUUCAAUGUGGGUAUUUCCCAGAUGAAUGGACAGGAUUAUGCGUCACAUUCUGUUCAUAUAUUUCAUGUGGGAAAGAUGAGGAUGAAAUUAUCUAAGGGCUGGAUUACAAAGGCUAGAGAAUCUUAUUCCAUGUCAAUGCAGCUGUGUGGAGCAAGGGGAGGUGGAAAUGCUGCAGCCAAGGCAUUGUUUUGGCAAGCAAGGAAGGGACUCUCAUUUGUAUUAGCUUUUGAGUCUGAACGUGACAGGAAUGCAGCCAUUAUGCUUGCCAGGAGAUAUGCUUUAGAUUGCAACGUCACGCUUGCUGGACCUGACGAUCAAGCUUCGAUUUAAUCCUCUUAACUAAUUUUUGCUUUUGUUUUUGCAAUUUUGAGUGCAAUCAUUCCAAGGGUGAGUAUUUUGUAAUUGUGUGAUUCUAAUGGGAUAUAUAUCGAGUGUCUGUUAUUGUAAUUGGCCUUCAACUAAUCUGGUUGCAUCCUUCCUAGGCAUGGUUUUUGUUUGCCUAAUCAUUGGUUGUAACGAUUUUUUUAAAGUAAAAAAAACAAAACAGAGGGCUUGUAAAAAGUUCAAUUAAUAGUUGAGUGAUCUAUUUGCAUCUGA